AUGAAUUACAGGCGGGAUUGUGGUGGACAGAUUCGUUUUGAAAAGGUCCUUGCCUAUUUUCUAGAUGGUAUUCCGCGACCAUUUAUCACUGUUGCCACGGAUGCAGGGUUUGGUGAGACUUUUGGCUUCGGUUCCUUUGGCAUAGCACCCGACUACACGGGACGAACCGAAGUUCUUCACUUCCCUGAGUUCAAGGAGAGCGAUCUUUUCGACGCGAUUUGCUCAUGGAAGAAGGCAUCAUCAUCUCCUAGCUCGAGAAUAGGUUGUCAUUACUCACCAUAUGUGGGAACAUUUUGUUAUGAUGGAAAGAGGCAGUACAUUCAAGUGUCACAGUUACAAUCGCAGAGACGUUCGGUUCGAGUUCCUGUUGGGAUUAGCGAGGAGGCUUUGUGCACCUCCGGUAAAAGUGGCCGUGAUUUUAGGACAUCAUUGCUCAUUGAUUUAUAUGAGAAUGUAGCCAAAGGAUGUAUAACUCAUGAAACGGGUUGUUUGAGACGAAUAGUCAUAUUAGCAACUCAAGGAACAACUGCUGACCAUCGGGAUGUUGUUGAGAGGACAAUGAAAGAGAUUGAACAGGUGUAUAUUAGGGUUUGUGUCGAAGCUAUUUAUGAUUAUAUGAAUCUCAAUUCCCUUUUCCGCAGGAUAAUGGCACCCUUGCGCCUCGUUUGUCGCAAUGAAGAUAUCAAAAGAUUCGAAGAAGACAAUGGACGGGAUGACGGCUCUGACCACGGGGGAUUUUUAGCAUUUAACGAGUCCCUUUAUUGUCUAAAACACUCGCUUAUAUGGUCUGAGGGGAAAAAUGAUUUUUUUGUGAGGUUACACCACUUGUGGUCGGAUCGUUUUGAGAGGCUUGCUGUUUUCAACACAACUACCUUCAACUGGCGAACAGACGCGGAUGAUUUCCUUUCUCAGCUGGGAUGUUCUAUGAGGGCGGCGUUCACCAGAAUAAGGAUUGAGUUCUAUACGGAGGUGGAACAACUUUUAUUUACCACGAUCCCCGAGGCAGGUACGCUUUUGUCGAUGGAUUUGAAUGAUUUAAAAGAGAGUGAACUGUGGCGUGUAUUUUUGAUGGUACGUAUAUUUUUAACCAACCGUAUCAGGAUUCUUAUAUCCGAUGCAAUUGAUGAUUUAGUAUCAUUCUUCGCUACUGGUGGGGAUCGUAUAGUGACACCGUUGAAGGCACGGAAAAUGUCCCUUAUUGAGGUGUAUUUUGUCGUUGGUGGUUGUGGUUUACCAAGUUCUCCAUCGUUCGCUCAACUUCAUUUUGGUAUCGCUGAUCUGCUGGACGAAUUACUCGACAGCGCAAACAACCUUCCUACUCCGGAAACUGUUAUUAUGCGAACGAUUCAGUUUGAGAGACACUCCCUAAAUUUGUUUGACGACGACAGCUUUCCAGGAAAAGCAACCCUAAUAAGGUACCUAGGAGCAGCAUGUACCGUAGUUGAGGACUUAACGGAGAAGUACUCGAUGUUUGCUCGUAUGCCGACACUAAACGGAGUGUGCUUCACCAAAUGCUCGGAGGAAGAAGUUGUAAGCAAUGUGAAUUUGCUUCGCGAUACCAUAUUAGAAGUGGGGAAAAUAUCACCUGAUGUGGUGUUUUGCGGCUGCAUUGCUAUUAACUGCACUGAUGUGAAGAAAUGGUACGUAAAACAAUGGUCUUCUUACUUGAAAAGCUUUUUGAACAUGGUUCAGAAAGACAUUUUGUCUUUCAUACGCUCAUCAUUGGAGAAAUGCCGUAGUUACAACGAUCAGUUAUCGGUAAUUCCAAACAGUGUUGAGGAGCUGGAGAAAUUGCAAUCUGAUAUUACAUAUGCAGAACAUUUAUCAAAGCAGAUAGAGGCAGGCGAUUGCAGAAGGGCUAUCGAGUUCUUUAGUUACUUAGAAAAGCUUCUCAUACCAGCAGAUUCUCAACUGUAUGAAGUAGCAGCAGAGCUCAUGCGAUGUCCCAACGAGCUUCUCGUGUUAACAAAUAAUGCGAAGAAGGCUUGCGCUGAGAGGAAGCCUGCUUUGGUUGUUCAGUUAGUUGAGUACCGCAAUGACUUGCAUGGUAAAAUAACUGUGGUCCGUAAUGGUGUGAUUGAGUUAUUGGGACUUCUCAGUGUUGAUGUUUGUGACAUAUGUGCGCAAACAUGUGAGGAGCUGCGAGUUAUUGUUGACGACGUCGUCAAGGGAAUUGACCACGUCUUUUAUUGCGAAAAGUCACUUGGUCUCGAAACUGUCGAGACAUUUGAUGACGUACAUCCCGUGUUGCGUGUUUUUGACGUUCUGGAACAGUUUUGGUGCAGCGUUUUUGAUUCGACUCGGGUCAAGGAUUACUAUAUAAUUCCUCUCAGUGCCCUGAACAGUGAGAAAACUAUCGAUGAAGUCCAGCGAUGCAGAAGGCUCCUUCAUUCCUCAGUUCGGAAUCUACGGGGAUAUCCGGGUUUAGUGUGUCUAGGGAGGCAACAAGAACAGGUGUUGGCAGACUUCGAGUCUCUGCAGACUCUUUUGGCAUACUUAUCAACACCUGGCUUGCGGAAAAAUCACUGGAAGGAGAUAGGGAGGAUUCUCCAGCUUGGCAGAAAGCAGUCGACUCAGAUUGAUUCUAACGUCACACUAAAGCAAUUACUUGAGAAUGGUAUCAUUGAUCACCUUGACGAGAUAAAACUAAUUGUAGACCCCGCUUUUUUAGAUUUUGAGGCGGAAGCUACUUUGGAGCGCAUGAAGAGUGACGCGAAGAAAACACGCUUUGUCUUUGAAGUUGCCGAGGGAUCCAAUGAUGCCCUCAUUCUUUCGCCGAGAUGCAGGACCUCGAUAUCUUCACAGCUGGAAGCAUUCUCACACGAGUUAAGUGCUUUACGUCAAGUUGAACAUCUUAGUCAGUAUACCAUAAGUUCCGUAAUGGAGUUCGAUUCUGUUGUGCAACGAAUGAAGGAGACAUUACUAACGUGGGAGGACGUCGAGAAAGAGUGGAAGGAGGUGCUACCGUUUGGAAUAACCCUUGAAACCACAACGGACGAGGAUUUUAUAGGACUCACUCCUCGAGACCUAAAAUUAUUGCGUGAGAAGGUGUCAUCUACUAGUGAUACUUUCAAGUCACUGGCAGCGACUUUGCGGAAAGCUCAGUACACUCUUUUUACGGCCAUGAUGCAGGAGAAUAUACAAGACCAGGUCACUUUGGCUCGUACAAUUUUAGGUGAUGUUCGAAAAAUUCUUGCAUCUUCACUUGACGCGAAGCGGGAGGUGUUCCCACGUUUUUAUCUCAUGGAUGAUGAGUCGUUGUUGUCGUUCUUGUCCGUUCACAACGCAACAAAACUGAAGCGCCACCUUACAACAUUGUACAGCAGGGUUUGUGACGUUAAUCUGGAGGGAAAUGUUGUGACGUCGUUUAUUACUACUGAUGGUUCUGUGCUUAGAACGGACACCCCCAUUGAGUUAUCACCUCUACCUGUUGAACAAUGGAUGAAAACGUUUGACAGAACGUUACGUUCCUCACUUCUCAACGAAAUAAAAAUGUCGGUGGAAAAUCAUUACCGCAUGGAUACCUUGGUUUGGUUGGGUGAUUCAUGUGUACAGGUGAUCGAUGUAGCUCUUCGCACAAUCUGUCACCAUGACCUGCGGGAGGCUGUUUCUGUUGCUGGCACGGCAGGCAUGAACGCAUAUACCCGCCGUUCAAAAGAUGUUUUGGAAGAAUAUGUACGACUUGCUGAUGAUACCUUAGGUGCCAGAGUUCAGAGAAUCCUUAGUACUGCCAUUACCUCUCUCUUACGGUACCGGGAUGAACUGCGACUGGUCAGCAAAUCCGGUGUUGAAACGCUGGAGGAUCUUAAAGCCACAGCGAUGGUGCAAACGUUGCUGGAAGGCGGAAAAAUUGUUGUACAGAUGAUGGGCCUUCAGUUACCCUACGGUAUGGAGUUUUUUGGAGACUAUAACAUUCCCAUUUUGACUCCUGAGUAUGUUGAGAAGGGAUUGUGCAGCAUGCUUAUGUCGAUAAGAGCAUCUUCCUUCCCUAUUCUUAUCGGGAAGAACAACGAAAACUCGGAGCUAGAAUAUUAUGCACAGUACUUGGGCCGCUUCUGUUGGUUCCUCCAAUGCCAUCCGACUCUGCCAUUCGAGGGCAUUGUGCGUGCCUUACGUGGUUGCUUGGGCGCGGGAGUGAUAUUGUGCCUAAAGGACAUUGAACUUCUGGGCAGGGAGUUAGCCGAUUCAGUCUCAGCGCUUCUCAAAGGUGUUGAGUCAGCAUGUCGCAAUGAAAAGAGACACAAUGACGGUGGUAUGUCAACGGUAGAGUUUCAGGCAGGCGAUAAUUCUAUAUGUGCCAUCAGGGAUGCGUGCUUUCAUGUUGUUCUCACAACACGUGAGCUCGAUGAAAUACCCACCGCUCUCAGUCUUGCCUUUCGACCGAUUUAUGUACCUUCUGUGGACCUAGGGUUGCUCGCCCAGGGUACGCUCCAGGCACUUGGGGUGCCUCAUUUCGCAAGUAUUGGGCAAAGACUGGCCACAAUGUUUUCCCAGUUUGUUGCGAUGUUGCCUGCUGUCUUCACGUGCAGGAGUUUCUUGUCGGUAAUUCGAGACGCUGCUGACUGCAAAACGGGGACAAUGGCUGAAAGUCUGUGCUCGGCAUUUUUGCGGCAGUUUUGGCACGUUAUUGAGUCGGACGAGCGACUGCUGAAACUCUUCGAGUGGAACGUUGUUCACACACUUGGGAUCCCGCGACACGUCUUGGAGGAGGUAUUGGAGAAGUUCAAGUCAAAGUUGGGGUUCGAUAGUUGUUUGGAACGUUUUACCUACUUCAUGAAAUUCAACAAAAACGCCAUGCUCGUGGGGUCUGCAUAUUCCGGGAAGACCCCGUUGUGGAAGAGUUGGGUCGGGGACACGCACUAUAUUGUCCUUUCCCACCGGCUUCUAUGCUCGGCGGAAGUGUAUGGCGACGAAUCCCGACCUGGUUUACUUGUUUCCAUUGCUAGGAAGUGGGACCCGAUAUCGACUCAUACGAUUGUGAUGGAACACACGAACGUGGUGGAUGUACCCACUUUUUUGGAGAGCGCAGCGCAUGUAAGAGUCCGGUCGUACUCUGGACCGGAUUUUAUACAAGGUUCGUCAACACGCAUUAUCACUGUGGUUACUACCUUAGAAUCUGCCAAUCCACGUAUAGUGAGUGAGGUGGCUAUAUAUGCCCUGCCGGAGCCGUCUGGAUGGAAGGAUUUGCUAAAAAAUGAACUCUACAGCGAUCCGAACUGUAGCCCAGGCGCGGCAUUCCCUGUAAUAUCGGCACUUAUCGAGGCUGUGCUCGACGUGAGCGCAGUGCCAAGGAUUUCUAGUUUAGACGAAGAUGUGUUCGGCGUUGUGUGCCGCUGCUCCAGGUUUUACAAGCGAUGGUAUGCGUUUGCGCGAUCGUGUGGCAAGGCGGAGGGCGAACAUUCAAGCGAUGAUGUUUUCGCAUCUCAGUGCGCUGUUUUUGCGACCUGCUGGUCGGUUAUGUUAUGCAUGCAAGUAAGCGAAAUCUCUACGGGUAUUGUUGCGUUUAAGAAGUCGCAAAGUGGCCUAACAGCUGUGGCACAGCAUAUAGGUGUGGAUGAGAAUGUUAUAUUUCCACCAGACGACGACCUUUUGAACUAUAUUGCGACACCAUUUGGGUGGAAGAAAUUGGGCAAGGAGGCUAGUGAUGUUGGGUUUCCUACCCCGUGGGCGUCCAGGGAUCCGGGUGUAAACUUUAAACAACACGCGUGGACGUACUUUUUCCCCUUGCGUUCACGACAGCGGACGCUAAUGCACUUAGAAUAUAUGGCCGCGGUGGGCCAGCCAGUUCUGCUUGUGGGGGAGCGGGGUCAGGGGAAGUCGACUCUCUUAAAUCACAUGCGGUGUAGCAGCCGGUGGGCAUAUGAGUUGGUUCACAACACGGUAGCGUGCACCGCUGGAGAUGUACAGGAUGCAUUGCUUCAGGGUCUUUCUCGCUCCCAACACAACACAUAUGUACCUUCAUCUGGGCAGAGGUUAGUGCUAUGUGUUGAUGAUGUCCACCUCGUUGGAGAAAUGGGAUAUCCCCAAGCCAUGUGUGUCUUCGCUUUCAUUGACCACUACUCUGCUCUGUGCACACCGUCAAAGGGCUACGUGCCCAUAAAGGAUGUUAUAUGUGUAGGAACCUCGUUACCGACACCGCCUCACGAACCUGAGGUGGAAAACAGCGUCCUUCGGAUAAUGAUACCAGAUUUUAUUGAGGAUGAAAUACUGCAUGAAGUGGAGAAACUUAUUGGCAAAACAAGGGGCGUACGGCGCGGAGAGGGGUUUUUGAAGGGCGUGGGCGACUUUCUCAUUGCCUCGCAGAGUAUGGCUUUCCACUUCAUAAAUUCGCUGCUCGGGGACAACCACUCGGGUUUAGAUCGGCUGAAGAGUACACUGGCGAGCAUCGAGGGGAUUUGUGCAUUCGAAGACACGUCUCUCCUGAGUUUUUCUGAUGACAGGGCCGACAAUCAAUCACAGUUACCCUAUCCUUACGUUCUUCUCAGGGUUGUGGACAAGGUGUUGCGUAUUCUUUCCACUCAGUUAGAUGAGGCGAGUAUCGUAAAGGGUAUAUACCAUUCGGUUUACACGUUUUUCAUGCCUCUUAUUGCUGGCGAAGGCCGCCGAGAAGAGUUAAUGGCUGAGCUUCUUAAGAUGGCGAAGGAGACCAUGCGGUACUCCCCUGGCGCACGCCAGCGCGAGGGUGCUGACGAAACCUACGUAACUGAGGUGUUGAACAGCCUUGAGUAUCCAUCUGUGGGACACGACGUCAUCAGGAAAUGGCUGGAGAAGCACGACGUGAUGAUGCCGCCUGCCCUUGUCGAUGAGAUCCGUAGUGAAUCCCCUUAUAUAUCGACGGGCAAGUCGCGUAUGGAAUCGCCGUCCACAAAGGAGGCACAGCAACAGGCAGCCGUUGGGGGGGCGCCGCAUGUGAAUUGUACCCCACAUUGGACGGUUUCGUUGAUAUCAGAUGUGCACCAUUGUUUGAGACAGGAAGGCUCUCAUGUUGCUCUUGUUGGGGCCUACGGCAUCGGCAUCCGUCGAGCACUGCACGUGUGGGCCGCCGGAAGGGGCGUGAACUUGAGGUCAUUGCUGUCUGAUUUUGCUGCUCCGGAUGCGAAGAAUUCGUUUACUCGAGAACUCAUUGAAAUCCUGCAAGGCACCUGCCGUAGCGGGAGUCGCAUGGUGGUGUUUGUUCCUAAUGAGGUGCUAACACUGGUUUGGCCACUGAGUCUUCUUUAUUACACACUGCGCGGUGGUAAUGUUAGGCAACUGUUUUCUGUUGAAGAGCAGCUGUACCUAUUACACGGACGGCGGGGCAUACAACGCCAAAGUGGGAAACUCACUCCUGCGGAAGAGGUGCAGUUGCGGGAACGCAUUUCCUCCCGUUUGAGUAUUGUAGCACAUUUUGUUAGCUUUGAGGAAAUGAGGCGUCUGGGCACUGUGAUUCCUUUCGUACUGCAAAUGCUUCCCGUGGUGCUGCACGCCCCGGAUAUGCUGAGAGAACAUGUCGAUGUGGUGAUCCGCAGCGAGAAGGCGACAUUUGUCGUACCAGAAACGGGGAGGGCCGAAAGUGCGGAUGUACCGCCAGGGGGAGAAGGUUGUGGAAAGGAUGCACCUGUGGAGUCCAUACCCUGCUUUUUGGGAGUUCCUAUGGAUACGGAGACGCUACUGGGACGUCCCUACUCUCAGCUUCUAUGUGACAUAUUUUUUUGUCUACGAACAAACACCGAGAUUUCUGUUGAGCAGUUGCAGGAGUUCGCCACACUAGCUAACCGUCUUAGAGGGACUUUGUUUAGGAUAUGCCAUUGUGUCUCUCAGUCCCUUAGAGUUGACGAUCUGUUCAACGCCAUUCCCACAAAAAUGCAGGAGUACGCCAACAAAAGUAAAGAGGCGGAGGAGACGAAGGUGACCGUUGUCCAGCACCGUGGGGAGCUGGUGGCUAGGUUGGAGAGGUCCAAGGAGUGCGCCACACGGCAUCAGAGUGAGUGGGAAUUUUUGCAGAGGAAGUCAUGUGACUUGUUGCCGCUGGUGACCGCGGCGGAAAACGCGCUUCGCCUAAAGAGGGAAAGUAUCAGCGAUGGUCUUUCCUCUACAAAAGCUCGUUUGUGUUCAAUGAAGACGGCGCAGAUCAGGCAAUAUGCAAGCAGCUUGCCUUCGCCCAAGGGCGUGUUGCUUGUAAAGGCUGUCUGUAGGGUGUUGGGGGAGGAUCUUCGUGCAACGUCGACAAGAGAUGUGUGGGACCGCGGUAGAAGCAUCAUGACAGCAUCCAAAUUUAUCGCCCGGCUCCGAGAUUUGGAUCAUGAGAGUUUGUCGUACGAGUCCCUUGCGAGUGUCCAUUCCUCGUUGCGCGGUGUACGGUUUACCGAUGUUUCACCCUUUGCUGAUGCUUUGUCGGAUUACCUUUUGUCCGUCAUGGAGGCUGUGCGGGUGAAGAAGGAGCUGCAGAUUGAACAGAUGGAAUUAGACAGCUUGCGUCUUGAGUACACAACUAUUGAAGAUAGAAAGAACGAAGCGGGGUGUGGCGUCUCCGAGUCCAGAAGGAAAAUUGAAUGUGUUGAACAGGAAGUUAACAACGUAGAUGAGAAGAGCCAGGGCCUAGAAACGACGGUAGUGGAUAUGACGAAGCGCCAAAAAUCCCUUGAAUUUAUAACGGACGCUCUGGAUAGGUUUUCCUUGUUCCAUACACCAGGCAAAACUGCGGCGCAGUGCAACGAGAUGGCAAAGGGUGAGGGUGCCGUUAUUAUGGUUGCUGCUCAUUUUGCGUUUUUUGCCUCUUUACCACUUGAGGUGCAACGGUCCUGCCACAAAGCUCUGUACUCACUUCUUUGUGAUUGGGGUAUCCAGGCCCCGGCGGAUUUGGAGGACCCCGCAGCUUCACUGCUGUUUCCUAGCGUCGACGAGACGGUCGAAAGUUUGCUUCUAUCGGCAUGUUCUACCUAUGAACGACAAUGCAUCGCAGGAUUGCUCCAGAAGAUCUUUUCCAACUGCCCGAUCUUUUGCGGUGUAACAAACGUUUUUGAAGAGGUUUUGGGCCGCUGUCUGGCGUUCAUCUGCGGUGACUGCGUCGUUGUUUCCGUAAUGCAGAAGGACUUCUGCGACGAGGUGGUUAGGGCAGCUAGUUCGGGGAUCGGUCUACUCAUAUGUGACGUGCAUGCCCCUUCUGUGCUGGAGCGUUUGCGACCUCUACUGUUGUUGCUGAAGGCGUUACCGCAGGCGGCGCUGCAAAAGCGUAACUUGAGGUGCACACUAUUUGGGCAGGAAGUGCCUGUAAAGCCCAGUUUUCUCAUGGUUUGUGUUUCUCCUGCGGUUAUGCUACACGAAGAAGCUAAGGCUGCCACGCGUUGCUACACUACGGUCGUCAACAUUCCCAGUCCGCGUCGGAUAGAGGAGGGAGUUCACACGAUACUCUUAGGGUGCCCGACGGCGUACGCAAGACCAUUGGUGGAGAAUGUCUUUAGUGUGCGCGACAAGCAAGACAAUGACGCACUCUGUGCCUUUCGUGUAACGCUACCAGAGGUCAGAGAGAUGUUAAGCGGUGACCUUGACGAGCUGGCUGGGAACAACAACGGCGAGCUCGAACGACUUGAUUUCCUUCUUCGCGAGUUGCACACCCUCCACAUGACUGUGCUACGCAUCGAGGCGCACAACAAAAGCGUGCAAAAACCACUGGCCUCUUUGUGGGAGGGACUUAAACGGGGGAUUCAAGCGGCGGAGCGGGCUGUACGUGUCAUAGAGAAAGAGAUAUUAGGAAGGUUGUGGGAAUGGCGCAUGCUGGAACCGUUCAUUGUGGGUGCAACAAACUUGUCGAGUGCCUACGUGCGUCGCAUAUCACCUGGAACUUUUGACAAGCUACCACCACCACAGAGAGACUUUUAUGCAACGGUAAACUUCGUUGAGAGCCUUGUGGAUGUGAUGGCUUCCGGCUGGCCCAUGGAACUGCGUGGCAUCUUCGCAUGGUAUAUUCUGUCCACCGUGGUGCACAGCUGCGGCUUUAUGUUGGCUCACUCGGGUGUGCUGUAUUCUUCCCACAUCACCUUUCUCACUUCCCAACAAUACGAUGUACUGAACCGGCUGCUCACUCGGCAAAAUAUUGCUGCUGAUAAGCAGACAGUAAGGAACCUGUACGAAUCAUCAAUGGACCCGUUGCUAAAUAGUAUUGCCCGUGAUAACUCCACGCUUGAUGACACCGAGAGCGGUCUGAGUUUGGAGAGCACGCUCUUCGUUAAGGAUACAAAUACUUCAUGGGUGUUGAAAGCUGGUGAAGAAUUAAUCCGUUUCCUUUUUCAACAGUGGAUGUUGCUGAACCACAGGGCAUGCGAUGCGGCUGCUUCUGACCUCUAUGCCGCGUUUUUCACAUCGGUGAAGAAGAAAGUCACGGAAGAGGGGGGUUUGUCCAUAUACGACUCCCUUGACAGUCAGUGCACUAAUCUGCGGUAUAGUGAAGAAUGGUGGCAGUUUUCCGGGAACACAUCGAUUCCAUUGCUUCUGAAGGGAGCCAACACACAUGAAUUGGUCGGUUAUGUUAGGCAGCGUGCGAACUCGGCUAGUUUCUUCUUUCGGUACCUCACCGUAACCAAUGUAAGGGACUUGGAUCAGCUUGUGGGUUAUGUCAGUCAUUCAUUUCAACAACCUCCUACCCACGUUGUGCGUGGCCACUGCGUUAUGGCCGUGUUUGUGCCGCCAGCUGGCGUGUCUGAGGAGGCGUCAUUCCUGCAAGCAAUUUCAAGCAGGUUCUCUGCCUUAUGGCGGUACGGGAUAUGGGGUCUACUCCGGGGUGGUGGCCACUCGACACGCACACCUGUUGUACUGUGUUGCACUGUUAGGGGCGCCCCUAAUAUGGUACGGAAUAACGUGGUUCGCGCCAUGCAGGAGUGGUGCUUUCCCGUAGUAGUGGAUUCGGUGUCACCGCGGCACCAGUUGCUUUCCGUCAUUGGGGGGAAGGUGUUUGCUCCACCGUGGAAAAGAGAGGGUGUGACACUUCUUCUUGAGAGGGAAUGUACCAAAUCGGGGGUCAGUUGCAGUCAUUUGGACUCGUGCAAGAGAGGCGACCGGGGCAACACCAUGGUUACGCCGUUGGGCUAUGUCCUCGAGCUACACGCCGGAAUCAGUGCUGGGGGUGCUGUCCAGCGUGCUCUUGUGGAGGAUAGGGGACUUGACAACGUAUUCACUGAUUUGUAUCGGACGGACAUCAACACUGAUGAUCUUCUUCUCAUCCUGCGUCUCGUUUCGCUCAAACAGCUAGAUGACCCACAGGAGGAGGAGCCGUCAUCCAAGAGGCACCCAUCCACUACUUUACACGCCGCAACCCACACUGUGUCAAGUACGGAGCUGAAGAGCGCAACCUUGCAGAGGAGGUCAAUUAGUGAGCGGCUGUACCGUCUCUUUAAUAAAGUGGCCUACCUCGUGUACACAUCUCGAAGCGAAAGACAUCAAGGUUGUUUGCUAAUUGAAAACAUGCUGUACGAGCGUGGUCCCCUGUUGAUGCUGAGGGAUGACGGGCGUUUGUGCUACAGCACUGCACUGGACGAGCUUCUCAGGGAGAAGCCAACUGAUGAGGUCUUCAUGGCGACUCUGCGUCGUUCCGACAAAAGUUUCCUCCAUCUUUGUGGAGACGACCACACGAUUGUGACAUACCGAAGCAUGGCAAGUAGUGCCUUGCGGAGAAGCCUUUGUGGUGUUCCUUUCUCUACGAGGGCUGAUCCGCUGUUUAGCACCUCAGAUGGACCAUUAUGCUCACAGGGUGGGGUAGAUGGUGCUUCUCAAACGGAGCCCCAUGAAGACUUUGAGUCAAAUUCGGCUGUAUCGUUACUGCUUGUGUGGGAGGGGGUCUAUGGAGAGAAAACUGUCAGGGCAUUGGAACGCGCCCAGCACAAAGAGUUAUCCUCACGGCUGCGAGUUGCGACAGCGCAGUUCAGGGGAUGGCAGCCCGGGUCCGUUCUCAGUGUAUGGCUGCCUGCGUUGCAGUAUCCAAAGCUCCUGCUCAAUAUACUCUUGGCAGAUGCGUUGGAGCGGAAGGGUGAUUUGCUGAGCCACAUUGAGGCGGUUUUGGUAGUGACACGGCGCUACAUGCUCCUUCACGACGACGUCCUCCUCACUGGUGCUGCGCCCUCGCGGCAAUUGGAGCGGGAGGUAUCGAUACAGGCCGGUUGGAAGCCAUGUGAAAUGAGAUGGAACAAGGAGGUAGGUGCCAGCAAGCAUGAUAUGGAUAUCGUUAUCGCCGUUCGGUAUCAGAGCGAUUUUACAGACUGUCCUUCGCGACAGCCGAGUGGCGUACUGUGGGACCUGCGUUCAGGGAAGAAGGGCUCUGAGCCACGCCAGGAGGGCAGUGCGAUGUGUAAUAGCGUUCUUUUCUUGACAGAACCUGAACCCCCUCAGGUUUGCGACGUGGUAAAACGGUCCGUCGCCACUGUGCCGGUGGUUGGACUAGAUCUACAGUGGGCUGUGAGUCACCCCCUGAAUCCCGACGAUAAGCCCGACGAGGCAACCAGCCGCGUUUGGCAGCCCCUAUUCGAACUACCACUGUACGUCACAGUACCGGCUUGUGAACGGUCGGAGUUAAACGCGACACCCCCGCGAUCUGUGGGGCAAAGACCACUGGGCGGCAGAGGAGGUGGGCGUAAAGCAUUGGCGUCCAGUGGUCCUGUGGUGGACACCCUUGGUGACAGCUUGGGGUUCUUUAUAGCCGUAUCGUGA